AAUCACACCAUGCCAAAUUACAAACUCAUAUAUUUUAAUAUGAGGGGGAGAGCAGAAAUUAUUCGUUACAUAUUUGCAUAUUUAGACAUAAAAUAUGAAGACCACAGAAUAGAACAAGCUGAUUGGCCUGAAAUCAAGUCAACUCUUCCAUUCGGCAAAAUCCCCAUUUUGGAAGUUGAUGGACUUAGCCUCCACCAGAGUCUCGCAAUAGCAAGAUACUUGACCAAAAACACAGAUUUGGCUGGAAAAACAGAAUUGGAACAAUGUCAAGUUGAUGCAAUUGUGGACACAUUGGAUGAUUUCAUGUCACGUUUUCCUUGGGCAGAGAAAAGACAAGAUGUGAAAGAGAAGAUGUUUAAUGAGCUACUUACAUACGAUGCACCUCGUCUUAUGCAAGAUUUGGACACAUAUUUAGGGGAAAAAGAGUGGUUUAUUGGUAACUCUGUGAGUUGGGCAGAUUUCUACUGGGAAAUUUGCAGUACCACACUUUUGGUCUUUAAACCUGACUUGUUGGACACCCAUCCCAGUCUGGUGAUGUUACGGAAGAAAGUCCAAGCCAUUCCUGCCAUUGCUGACUGGAUACAACGAAGACCCCAAACCAGACUCUAGGUGAGGCCUGCUGCCUCCAAACUUGGUUGUUCUUCACAGCAUCGCUCCCAUCAGAUAAGAAGCUACAUUGGCCUGCCACAUAAUCCACACACUCCCCUCCCCAGCUCCAAGACUUUCACUUUUGCCAUAUUCUGUUAAAAAGAAUAAAAAAGGAAACAAAAAGAGCCGUAUCCUUUUUUUCCAGAAUAGCUUCAAAACAUUUACAAGUGAGGAAAAAGCUUACAAUGCAGGCAGGCCUUGCUUUGCACCGGUUCCAACAUGCAUGAAUUUCAGUUACA